AUGCUCCAGCCUAUCACCAGCUUCGAAUCCCAGCCGAUGCUCCCUUUGAACUCAAACCAUCACCAGGCAAAGGAUGGGGUGGGUUUGCCACGCGCCAUAUCACGCAGGGAUCAAGUGAUCCUCCGCGAAAAGGCACUUUUCACGAUCCCGAAACCAAAUAGAUUCGACGUCACGGAUGAAGACGCCCUCAAAUGCUUGAAAGAUGCGCCUCCCGAUGGAGUUUCACAAUUCCUACUCUUGAAGAGCAAUGCAGAAUGGGGAUUCUCUGAUUUAACUCAUGCAUUUCUGUCCAACCACUUUACACUAGUGCUCCCAGGCGAGCUCAAGCCGCAUCACAACACAGAUGUGAACGAGGAGAGUCCCACAUUUGACGGAGAGGGACCGCCAACCCCGGAAGGGGCUUUUGAUCUUGAAAAUGAGGGGGAGAGCUUCUAG